AUGGAUUCCAGUUCAUUCAGCGGGGUGCCGCGCUUUCUCACCAGGCCCAAAGCCUUCAUGAUGUCUGUGGGUAAAGACGCCUCCUUGAGUUGUCAAAUUGUUGGCAAUCCUGCACCCACAGUCACCUGGGAGAAGGACAAGCUACAGAUCGAUUCGGGAGGCCGCUUCAAGAUGGUGCAGGAUGGGCAACUCUACCAGCUGACCAUCUACGACUUAUCAUUUCAGGACAGUGGCCAGUACAUCUGCCGAGCCAUUAACAACAUUGGGGAGGCAUUUGCUGCCGUUACAGUUAAGGUGGAAGAGGAAAAUGCAGUGGUGGAAUGUGCGCCCUACUUUAUCCUGAAGCCAACAACCUCCCAAGUUAGCCUGGGAGAAGAUGCCACCUUUCAUUGCCGGGUGCUAGGCCACCCAUCACCUGUGGUAACCUGGGAAAAAGAUGGCCGACUGGUUGGAACAACCACUGAUUCAAGCCACGUACGUGUAGAGUCUCAUGGAGAUUCCAGCACUCUGCAGAUCCACUGUAUUCGUUUUUCAGACAGUGGGACAUAUUUAUGUCGAGCAGAGAACUCUGUUGGCCAGGCCAAGGCUUCUGCUUCAUUGUCUAUAGACUCUUUUAGUAAUCUUAAUGCUAAAAGUACCAAUGCGGUUGAAUCUUCAUAUGGUAAAACUGCCUCGCUGCUGUCUCACCUCCAGAAACGUCGCGAGGAGAUCCGGAAAACAGACCUGUCCAUUAUGGCGUCCUACGACUCAAACACCACGUGCUAUGGCGCUUUGGAUACAUUUACUGGUCUGGGAUUAUCUCUGGACUAUGAGAGGGCGGCCACUCUGACACCCAAAGUUCACCGCGAAGGUACCCUGGGUGUCCUCACCCGCACUUGCACUGUGACGGAAGGUAAACAUGCCAAAAUGAGCUGCUUUGUCACUGGUGAACCCAAGCCCGAGAUUGUGUGGAAAAAGGAUGGUGAGGUAAUCACGGAGGGCCGGAGACAUGUGGUCUACGAGGACGAGCUGGAGAACUUUGUGCUGAAAAUUUUAUUUUGCAAACAAAUUGACAAUGGAUUGUACACGUGCACAGCAUCCAACCUGGCUGGUCAGACCUACAGUUCUGUGCUGGUCAUAGUCAAAGAGCCUAGAGUUCCUUUCCGAUCAAAGCUACGAGACGUGGAGGUGAGGGAGAAGGAGACAGCCACCUUUCAGUGUGAGGUUCCACUUACCAUCACUGAAUCCGCCUGGUACAAGGAAGAGACCAAAAUCCACCAAAGCUCGAAGUAUAAUAUAGAGGAAGAAGGGACUGUCCGGAGACUGACCAUCCAGAAUGUCACUACAGAUGACGAUGCGGUGUACAUCUGUGAGAUGAAAGAGGGCAGCCGCACCAUCGCUGAGCUGUCUGUCCAAGGUAACAUAAUAAAGAAGCUUCCCCGCAGGACAGCGGUUCCGCACAGUGAUACCGCCAUCUUCUGUGUAGAGCUGGACAAUGAUUGUCAGAAGGUCAGGUGGAUAAUCAAUGGGCAGAGUGUUAUCCCUGACGGGCGCAUCUCUAUCUCCUCCUCUGGUAAACAGCACACCAUGAUCAUUCGCGAGUGCAAAAACAGUGACGCCGGGGAGAUCGCAUUCAUAGCCGAUGAGUGUAAGACGUCCACCCAAUUCACCGUCACCACUUUAAGAAAACCUCCUUCAAACGCCCCCAUUAACCCUGUGGUGACUGACAAGAAUGAAACAUCUGUCAAAUUAGCCUGGUCCCCUCCCCCAAUGGACAGGCCAGUGCCCAUUGAUGGGUACAUUGUAGAACGGAAAAAGCUUGGAGCCAUGAACUGGGUGAGGUGCCACGAAUCCUCCAAUGUACCCACCCCAGAGUUCAUCGUCAACCAUGUUCCGGAAGAAGGAAGCUUCCAAUUCCGGGUCAGUGCUGUGAACAGCUAUGGGCAGAGCCCCCAUCUGGAGUUUCUGGGAACAUUAUACCUCGAACCUAUUCCUUCCAUUAAGACCCCUCUUAGGCCGGUGGAGGUCUCAGUUGGUGGGGAGGCCACUUUCUCCGUUGACCUCACCACGGUGUCUGCCGGUUCGUGGUCGAUAAAUGGGAAGGUGGUAGAGAGCAGUGACCAGUAUGUGGUGAAGCGGGUGAAGAAUACCCACAUGCUGCUGAUCAAGAGCGUCACCCAAGACUUGGACCAGGCCGACGUCACAUUCACAUGUAAAGCGGUCGAGAGCAGCACCAAACUCAGGAUUAAAGCUCUUCCUCACUUCACCAGUAAGAGGUGCUCUGAAGUUCAGGUGACGUCUGGGGAGCAAGCAGAGUUCUCGUCAGAGACUUCGGAGGAAAACAUCCGGGUUCUGUGGCAUAAGGAUGGCAAAGAGAUCCGACACUCAAAGAAGUUCCAGCUGGAGACCAGGGGAAAACUCCAGAAGCUGCUGAUCUCCUCUGUCCGGAGGGAAGAUGAAGGGACAUACACCUGCAGCGUGGGGGAGGACAUCACCACAUUCACCCUACAGGUUACAGAGCCAGAGCCGGCCUUCAUCAACCAGGACAAGGUCCAGAAGGAGGUGGUGGCCAAACUGACAGAGAGCGCCACCCUGAGCUGUGAGGUCUCCGAGGGGAAGACAGAGGUGAAAUGGUACAAGGAUGGGAAGCUGAUCACCUCUAGCAAGAAACUGAAGAUGGAGACCGAGAGCAAAUAUCGGCGUCUGGUGGUGGAGCAGGUGGAGAAGAAGGACGCUGGAGAGUACAGCUGUGAGGCGGCCGGACAGAAGAUCAACUUCAAGAUUAUAGUGAAAGAGCCAGAACCGGCCUUCAUCAACCAGGACAAGGUCCAGAAGGAGGUGGUGGCCAAACUGACAGAGAGCGCCACCCUGAGCUGUGAGGUCUCCGAGGGGAAGACAGAGGUGAAAUGGUACAAGGAGGGGAAGCUGAUCACCUCCAGCAAGAAACUGAAGAUGGAGACCGAGGGCAAAUAUCGGCGUCUGGUGGUGGAGCAGGUGGAGAAGAAGGACGCUGGAGAGUACAGCUGUGAGGUGGCCGGACAGAAGAUCAACUUCAAGAUCAUUGUCAAAGAGCCAGAGCCGGCAUUCAUCAACCAAGACAAGGUCCAGAAGGAGGUGGUGGCCAAACUGACAGAGAGCGCCACCCUGAGCUGUGAGGUCUCCGAGGGGAAGACAGAGGUGAAAUGGUACAAGGAUGGGAAGCUGAUCACCUCCAGCAAGAAACUGAAGAUGGAGACUGAGGGCAAAUAUCGGCGUCUGGUGGUGGAGCAGGUGGAGAAGAAGGACGCUGGAGAGUACAGCUGUGAGGUGGCCGGACAGAAGAUCAACUUCAACAUCAUUGUGAAAGAGCCAGAGCCGGCCUUUAUCAACCAGGACAAGGUCCAGAAGGAGGUGGUGGCCAAACUGACAGAGAGCGCCACCCUGAGCUGUGAGGUCUCCGAGGGGAAGACAGAGGUGAAAUGGUACAAGGAUGGGAAGCUGAUCACCUCCAGCAAGAAACUGAAGAUGGAGACCGAGAGCAAAUAUCGGCGUCUGGUGGUGGAGCAGGUGGAGAAGAAGGACGCUGGAGAGUACAGCUGUGAGGUGGCCGGACAGAAGAUCAACUUCAAGAUUAUAGUGAAAGAGCCGGAGCCGGCCUUCACCAACCAGGACAAAGUCAAGAUGGAAGUCUGUGCUUUUGCAACAGAGAGCGCCACCCUGAGCUGUGAGGUCUCCCAGGAGAAGACAGAGGUGAAAUGGUACAAGGAUGGGAAGCUGAUCACCACCAGCAAGAAACUGAAGAUGGAGACAGAGGGCAAAUAUCGGCGUCUGGUGGUGGAGCAGGUGGAGAAGAAGGACGCUGGAGAGUACAGCUGUGAGGCGGCCGGACAGAAGAUCAACUUCAAGAUUAUAGUGAAAGAGCCAGAGCCGGCCUUUAUCAACCAGGACAAGGUCCAGAAGGAGGUGGUGGCCAAACUGACAGAGAGCGCCACCCUGAGCUGUGAGGUCUCCGAGGGGAAGACAGAGGUGAAAUGGUACAAGGAUGGGAAGCUGAUCACCUCCAGCAAGAAACUGAAGAUGGAGACCGAGAGCAAAUAUCGGCGUCUGGUGGUGGAGCAGGUGGAGAAGAAGGAUGCUGGAGAGUACAGCUGUGAGGUGGCCGGACAGAAGAUCAACUUCAACAUCAUUGUGAAAGAGCCGGAGCCGGCCUUCACCAACCAGGACAAAGUCAAGAAGGAAGUCUGUGCUUUUGUAACAGAGAGCGCCACCCUGAGCUGUGAGGUCUCCCAGGAGAAGACAGAGGUGAAAUGGUACAAGGAUGGGAAGCUGAUCACCUCCAGCAAGAAACUGAAGAUGGAGACCGAGGGCAAAUAUCGGCGUCUGGUGGUGGAGCAGGUGGAGAAGAAGGACGCUGGAGAGUACAGCUGUGAGGCGGCCGGACAGAAGAUCAACUUCAACAUCAUUGUCAAAGAGCCGGAGCCGGCCUUCACCAACCAGGACAAAGUCAAGAAGGAAGUCUGUGCCAUUGCAACAGAGAGCGCCACCCUGAGCUGUGAGGUCUCCCAGGAGAAGACAGAGGUGAAAUGGUACAAGGAUGGGAAGCUGAUCACCUCCAGCAAGAAACUGAAGAUGGAGACUGAGGGCAAAUAUCGGCGUCUGGUGGUGGAGCAGGUGGAGAAGAAGGACGCUGGAGAGUACAGCUGUGAGGCGGCCGGACAGAAGAUCAACUUCAAGAUUAUAGUGAAAGAGCCAGAACCGGCCUUCAUCAACCAGGACAAGGUCCAGAAGGAGGUGGUGGCCAAACUGACAGAGAGCGCCACCCUGAGCUGUGAGGUCUCCGAGGGGAAGACAGAGGUGAAAUGGUACAAGGAUGGGAAGCUGAUCACCUCCAGCAAGAAACUGAAGAUGGAGACUGAGGGCAAAUAUCGGCGUCUGGUGGUGGAGCAGGUGGAGAAGAAGGACGCUGGAGAGUACAGCUGUGAGGCGGCCGGACAGAAGAUCAACUUCAACAUCAUUGUGAAAGAGCCGGAGCCGGCCUUCAUCAACCAGGACAAAGUCCAGAAGGAGGUGGUGGCAAAACUGACAGAGAGCGCCACCCUGAGCUGUGAGGUCUCCGAGGGAAAGACAGAGGUGAAAUGGUACAAGGAUGGGAAGCUGAUCACCUCCAGCAAGAAACUGAAGAUGGAGACUGAGGGAAUAUAUCGGCGUCUGGUGGUGGAGCAGGUGGAGAAGAAGGACGCUGGAGAGUACAGCUGUGAGAUGGCCGGACAGAAGAUCAACUUCAACAUUAUUGUCAAAGAGCCGGAGCCGGCCUUCACCAACCAGGACAAGGUCCAGAAGGAGGUGGUGGCCAAACUGACAGAGAGCGCCACCCUGAGCUGUGAGGUCUCCCAGGAGAAGACAGAGGUGAAAUGGUACAAGGACGGGAAGCUGAUCACCUCUAGCAAGAAACUGAAGAUGGAGACCGAGGGCAAAUAUCGGCGUCUGGUGGUGGAGCAGGUGGAGAAGAAGGACGCUGGAGAGUACAGCUGUGAGGCGGCCGGACAGAAGAUCAACUUCAAGAUCAAUGUAAAAGAACCAGAAGCCAAGUUCUUGAAGAAGUCCGAACAGAAAGAAGUAGUGAUUGUACAGGAGCACGAGGACAUCACCCUACUGACCUCUGUCCACCCUCAGAAUGCUCAGGUCAAAUGGUUUAAAGAUGGCAUUGAGCUGAGUGCUUCCAAAAAGUGCCAAAUAUCUGCUGACGGUGCAUCCAGGACUCUCAUCAUAAGAACUGCAGAAAGCACCGACGGUGCAGUGUACACCUGUAGCAUGGGUACUGGCAAGCAGGAGUUCCGGGUUCAGGUCAAAGAAAUCCCAGUGAAGUUUGUGAAGAAGCUGGAGUCUGUGACCGGAGAGACUGGCUCGUCUGUCACAUUGACCUGUGAGCUGAGCCAAACCAAAGGGAACGUUAUCUGGAGGAAGAAUGGAGAAGAAAUUAAACCGAGCAAACGCACCCAGAUCCAGUCAGAUGGAGACAAACGCAGCCUGACCAUCUGCCAACUAAAAGCCGAGGACGGAGGGGAGUAUUCCUGCGAGUCCCGGGAUGAGAAAACCAUAGCAAAGCUCACAACCAAAGCUCCACGUGUGGUUAAGUUCUCCGCAGAACUCAGUAACAUGGUGGUGGAGGAGGGCGGGGAGGCCGUAUUUAAAUGCACCGUGUCCCCGGAUGACGCUGAGGUGACAUGGUACAUAAAUGGGGUACAGAUCGAAAAGAGCAAUAAAUACAAGUUCAGCAAGAAAGGAGCCAUCCACAGUCUGAGCAUCAGCAACCUGACCCUACAGGAUGAGGCCGAAAUUACUGCAAUGGCUGAAGGGGUGAAAUCUACGGCCAGCCUGAAGGUCCGAGAGGCCCCGGUGCUGUUUAAGAAGAAGUUGGAGGCGGUCACCGUAGAGGAGAGACAGACCGUGCGCCUGGAGACUGAGCUCUCCAAACCCUCCAAAGACGUAAAAUGGAUGAAGAACGGUGUCGUCCUUCAGUCCGGGAACGACAUCGACAUCGGGUCUGACGGAACCAAACAGAUCCUUAUUCUAAAGAACGUGACGUUCGCUGAGCGCGGGCUGUACGGCUGCGAGACCCUGGAUGACUCCACACAGGCCAAGCUCAAUGUGGAGAUUCGGCAGGUGAAGCUGGUCAGAGGGCUGCGGGAUGUGGAGGUCCGUGAGAAGGACUCCGCCACCUUUGAGCUGGAGCUCUCACAUGAAGAUGUUGAAGGGUCCUGGAUGAAGGAUGGGUUGAAGAUGAAACCUUCAGAAUCCUGUAAGAUUAUAGUGAAUGGCAAAAAGCAUGGACUCCUCCUGUCAUCUGUAAAACAAGAAGAUGCCGGAGCCGUGGCUUUCAAAUCUGAGGGAAUCCAGACCUCGGCCAAACUGAUUGUGAAAGAGCCUCCAGUGACGAUCACUCAUGCACUACAAGACAUGACCUCCGAGGAGAAGGACAAGGUGACCCUGGAAUGUGAGGUAUCGAGGGCGAACGCUGAGGUCAAGUGGCUUAAGGACGGAUCGGAGCUACGGCCAAGCAAAAAGAUCACAAUCAUUUCCCAAGGUAACAAGCGCAACCUCACCAUCCACAAGUGCGAAUAUGACGACAAAGGAACGUACGUGUGCGACGCCGGCGACGACAAGAGCUCCGCCCAGCUGACUGUGAAAGCUCGGGACAUCCGCUUCAUUAAGCCGCUAGCCGACGUGGAUGUGACGGAGAAGGAAUCGGCUUCAUUCGUCUGUCAGAUUUCUCACGACGACGUCCAAACUCAGUGGUACAAAAACGGCGCAAAACUAAGGGCGGGAGAGAACGUGAAGCUGCGCCAGGAAGGAAGGACGUUCUCCUUGACCUUCAAGAGUGUUCAGGCUGAAGAUGCCGGAGAAAUUAAACUGGUGGCUGAAAAUGCAGAAUCCUGCGCCAAUCUGCGCAUCAAAGAACUUCCAGUGAAAAUAACCAAGCUGUUGCGGGAUAAGAUCGCCAUAGAGAAGCAUCGGGCAUUCCUGGAGUGCCAAGUGUCCCGUGCCAGUGCCGAGGUGACCUGGUACAAGAAGGACAAAGUGAUCCAGGCCGGAGAUCGCUACGAGAUCAUCAGUCAGGGGCUGUACAGGAAACUGAUCAUCAACGAGGUGGAGUUCACCGACGAGGACACCUACACGUGUGACGCUGGAGACGACAAGACCUCCGCUACCCUGCUCAUCGAGGAACAAUCUAUUAACAUAGUCAGUGAGUUGAGUGAGGUGUCGGUGACUCAGCCGGAGAAGGCGACCUUUGAGUGUGUGACGUCCAUUGUAUCAGUGAAGCCCCCCAAGUGGAUCCUGGGGGGUGAAGUUCUUCAGGAUGGAGGGAACGUCAGCAUUGAGCAGGAGGGGACGCUGCAUCGUCUGACCCUGUGGAAGACGUCCCCAGAGAUGAGCGGCGCCCUCCAGUUUCACAUUGGGAAAUCUAAGUCUACAGCUAACCUGGUAGUGAAGGAUAUUCUGGUUCAGGUCACACAGGCACUGGAGGAUAAGACGAUCAGUGAGCGCCAGUCUGUCCUGCUCUCCUGUGAGUUCAAGCCUCCUCCCAAGUUUGUGGAAUGGUUCCGGGAAAAGACACUGAUCGAAGCCUCAGACAGAUACAGGAUGAAGCAGGAGCGCGGCACAGCAGAGCUGAGGAUCGUGAAGGCUACUCCCGAGGAUGGCGGCACAUACACCUGUAAAGCUGGAUCAGCCGAGACCUCCGCCACACUCACAGUACAAGCUCGGGACGUCAAAGUACUGAAACCUUUGGAGAGGGUGGAAGUGGAGGAGGAGAGCUGCGCCAUCUUCUCCUGUGAGCUGUCCCACGAUGACGAGGAGGUGGAAUGGUUCCUAAAUGGCACGCUACUCUACAGCAACAACUACAACGACAUCAAGAAGAUUGGCGGCUGCCACACCCUGACCCUGAGACAAGUGGCUGCCCAGGACUCUGGGACUGUGACUGCCAAGACCCAGAAGCUGACACUCAGUGCAGAACUGAAGGUCAGAGAGAAACCUGCAGUAUUCAUGAAGUCUCUGGACGAUGCGGUGGGAGAGGAGCGAGGGACGGUCACUCUAAAGUGUGAGGUCUCCAAACCCAAAGUCACUGCCAUCUGGAAGAAGGACGACCUGGUCCUGCCCAAUGGAGACAAAUAUCAACAGAUCCAGGCAGGAAAAACCGUGUCCCUCACCAUCCACAAUCUGAACAAGGCUGACGCCGGACUCUACACCUGUGACAUCGGCACCGACAUCGCCAAAUCCAAAGUGGGAGUUCAAGAGCUCAACAUCGGAAUCACAAAGCGCCUAAAGAGCGCCGAGGCCAAGGAAGGCGAGAGCUGCAGCUUCGAGUGUGUCCUGUCACAUGAGAGCAUCGACGAAUGUUCUUGGACGGUGAGCGGGAAGGAUGUGGAGAGCGAUGAGAGAUUCGAGGUGUCCAACAAGGGACGGAAAUACCUGCUGAACAUAAAAGAGGUGAAGGCCAGCGAUGCCGGGGAUGUGGUCUUCACAGCUCGCAAUCUGUCGUCCAAAGCCACGCUGACUGUCAGAGAGAAGCCGGCGGUUAUAUCCAAACCCCUUGAAGAUAAAUCCACCAUCGCCGGAGAGGACGUCGUACUGAAAUGUGAACUCUCCAAGGACGACACAAACGUGAAGUGGUCUAAGGAUGGGAAAGUUCUGAAGAGAAGUCAGAAGUACGAGAUCUGCCAGGAGGGGACGGAGACCUGGGUCAUAAUUCAUGAAGCCUCCACCAAGGAUUCUGGAGAAUACGUCUGUGAGACGACCAUCUCCAAAACCAAAGCCUCUGUGCAGGUCACAGAGAAACCCAAUAGAUUCAUUAAGGAGAUUUCAGACGUAAAGUCGGAGGAGGGGGAGGCCGCCGUCUUCACCUGUGAGUGUAAGAGAAGCCCCCUCACCAUAAAGUGGAGGAAAGGUAUCACUGAGCUUAAGAUGUCCAAGAAGUACGAGCUCAGCCAGAAAGGGAAUGUCCUUAGCCUUACCAUUAAUGACCUGGAGAAGAGCGACAGCGACACUUACAUAUGUGAUAUCGGAGACGCCCAGACCAAGGCCUCCCUCACCGUCACAGCUGUACAAGCUUUCUUCAGACGUGAAGUGCAGAGCACAGAGGCAGAGGAAGGAGCCACAGCGACCUUUACUUGUGAAGUCUCCAAUGAGAAAGCUGCGGUGCAGUGGAAAAAGGAUGGAGAACUACUGAGGUCCAGCAAUAAGUAUGAGAUGAAGAUGAAGGAUCUUAGAGUGGAGUUAUUGGUUCACAAUGUGGUGAAAGAAGAUUCUGGAACGUAUACUUGUGAAACCGGGGAACUGACUUCUUCUGCAACGUUAACCGUGAAGGCUGUCCAGGUCUUGUUUAAAAAAGGUCUCCGUAAUGAGAAAGCCAAGGAGGGCGGCACGGUGAAGCUACACUGUGAGCUCAGCAAGUCCGGGGCCCCUGUGAAGUGGACAAAAGAUGAAGAAGUCAUAGAGAGCAGCGACAAGUAUGACAUCAAGCAAAAAGGGGCUGUGGUGGAACUUGUCAUUCUACAUGCUAAACCAGAAGACUCUGGAGACUACACGUGUGACACCGGAGACAAGAAGAGCACAUCUCAUGUGACCAUAACUGCUCUUCCAGUUCGUUUUAAGCAAGAUCUGAAGGAUUGUGAUGUACAAGAAGGCUCCACCAUCACCCUGUCCUGUGAGAUCUCUAAGGCUGAUGCUCAUGUCAAAUGGCAGAAAGGUGUUUCUGUCCUCGAGGCCAAUGACAAGUAUGAAUUCAUGCAGAAGGGAACUGUAGUGGAGCUGGUCAUCAAGGAUGUGAAACCUGAGGAUUCUGGGACUUACACCUGUGAUAGCGGAGAUCAGCAGACCUCUGCCCGGGUUAAAGUGCAAGAAAUUCCAGCCCACUUCACCCAGGAGCUGACCCAACAGGAAGCCAAUGAAGGCACCUCCAUCACUCUGCACUGUGAACUCAACAAGUCGGAUGCCUCAGUAGAGUGGAGAAAGGAGAACAAUGUGAUCAAGCAGAGCAAGAAGUACAAGAUCCGCCAGGAGGGGCUGACUGCAGAGCUGAUCAUACGUGACCUGGUACCAGAGGACGGUGGGGAUUACACCUGUGUCUGUGGAGACCACAAGACAACCAGCACUGUGACCGUCACCGCGUCACCUCCGCUCUUUAAAGAAGAGCUAAAGAACGAAAUGGCAACUGAAGGAGAACAGGCCACGCUUCGCUGCGAGCUCUCCAAACCCGGGGCCUCCAUAGAGUGGAGAAAAGGGGAACAGGUCCUUAAAUCUGGAGACAAAUACAUGAUGAGGCAGGAGGGGCCGACUGCAGAGCUGGUUAUUAGAAAUCUAGACGACAGUGACUCUGCACAUUACACCUGUGUAUGCGGAGAGCAGGCGACCACAGCCUCGCUGACCAUCAAUGCUCUUCCGAUCCUCUUCAAACAAAAACUCACAGACAAUGAGGCAGUAGAAGGAGAAAAUACGACCCUCAGCUGUGAGCUCUCCAAGCCGGUCACCUCUGUGGUGUGGAAGAAAGGACAAGCCACACUGAAACCAAGUGAUAAAUACUCAAUGAGUUUGGAGGGUUCGGUGGCAGAGCUGACCAUUCAGAACCUUGCCAUAAAAGAUAGUGGAAUCUACAGCUGUGAAUACGAAGGGCAAGAGACGGCAGCAAACAUCAAAGUCAAUGAACGGCCCAUCCUCUUCACCCGUGAGCUGACCAAUGAAGAGGGGACAGAGGGUGGGGUUGUGACUCUGACCUGUGCAUUCACCCAGCCCCCAACUUAUGUGGAAUGGAGAAAAGGCCAGAAAGUGAUCAAAUCAGGACAGAAAUAUGAAAUGCGCCAGGAGCGAGCCACCGCGCAGCUUAUUAUCCGGGACUUAGAGCUGAAGGACACUGGGGACUACUCAUGUGUGUGUGGGGAGCAGCAGUCCACCGCCGUUGUUUUAGUAAAUGCUCUUCCUGUCCAUUUUAAACACUGCUUGACGGACGAGAAGGUGGCGGAGGGCGAGAGGCUGGUCCUCCACUGCGAACUAAGCAAACCCGAUGAAAGUGUAGACUGGAAAAAGGGACAAACGCUCCUUCAAGACUCCAAGAAAUAUGUCCUGAGACAGGAGGGCGCCAUCGCCGAGCUGGUCAUCACUGACCUAUGUGAGGAGGAUGCAGGAACCUAUAGAUGUGUUUAUAAAGAUCAAGAAACCUCGGCGACCGUGAAUGUCACAGCUUUACCACCAAGAUUUAAGCGAGAACUCAAGAACCAGGAUUGUACCGAAGGGCGCUCGGCUCUUCUGAGCUGUGAACUGAACAAGGCAAAUGCCCAACUGGAGUGGAGGAAAGGAGACCAGGUGCUCCAGACAGGGAACAAGUACAAGAUGGCCCAGGACGGCUGUAAUGCCGAGAUGGAGAUUUUUAAUGUAGACCUUCAAGAUGGAGGGAAGUAUACGUGUGUGUGUGGAGACCAAAAGACAUCGGCCACCCUCAUAGUGAACGCCUUACCCCCAGAAUUUAAGGAGGAGCUAAAAAAUCAGGAAGCCAUAGAAGGUGACACGGUCACUCUACACUGCGAGCUGACCAAACCCAAUGCGCCUCUGGAAUGGAGAAAAGGUCACAAAAUCAUCAAUUCCAAUGACAAGUACAAAGUCAUCCAGGAAGGUCUGAUGGCUGAACUGGUUGUCCGCAACGUGGACCAACAAGAUAUCGGGAGAUAUAUUUGUGUUUGUGGAGAUAAUCAGACGGCGGCCACAGUGACCGUCAAGGCUCUUCCUCCACAAUUCAAAGAUGGAUUGGACAACAAGGAAGGUAUGGAAGGAGAAUUCGUGACUUUGCAAUGUACCUUGACCAAGCCAAAGGCUUCUCUGGAGUGGAGGAAAGGGCAAAAGACCCUGAAACCAAGCAACAAAUAUAAGUUUGUCCAGGACGGUCUCAGGGCAGAGCUGGUCAUUCACAGCCUGGAUCUGGACGACGCCGGGGAAUACACGUGUGUCUGUGGAGAACAACAAACCUCAGCUUUAGUGGCUGUAAAGGCUCUUCCCCCACAAUUUAAGGAAGAAUUAAAGGGAAAGGAAGGUGUUGAAGGAGAAUCUGUGACUUUAUGCUGCACUGUGACCAAACCGAAGGCUCCGCUGGAAUGGAGAAUAGGGGAGAAGACACUCAGCCCUGGAGACAAGUAUAGAAUCAUCCAGGAAGGUCUUAGUGCUCAGCUGGUGAUCAGUCAUCUGGAUGCUCAGGAUGCCGGAGAGUACAUGUGUGUAUGUGGAGACCAUCAGACCACUGCAUCCCUGACCGUGAAGGUGUUACCCGUGCUCUUCACCCGGCCGCUCCACAAUGUUGACGCCCAGGAGGAGCACUCAGUCACCCUGCAGUGUGAGGUCUCCAAGGCCGGGGCGGCGGUGGAGUGGAGCAGAGCUGGGCUGGGACUGCAGGCCGGAGCCAAGUAUGAGAUGAAGCAAAAGGGAAAUGUGAGGGAACUGCUGAUCCACAACCUGAGGCUGGAGGACACAGGAGAAUACAGCUGUAAUACUGGAGACCAGGAAACCAAGGCCUACCUGACCGUCACAGCCCUCCCCAUCGUGUUUGUGAAGCCUCUGAAGAACACUGUGGUAGAAGACGGGGUGACAGUGACCCUGCGCUGUGAAACCUCCAAGCCCAAUGUCCCAGUGGAGUGGAGGAAGGGGACAGUAGCCAUCUUCCCUUGUGCCAAGUAUGAGAUGAAACAAGAUGAAGCGGUGGCUGAGUUGGUCAUCUACGAUGCUGAGGCUGAGGAUGCCGCAGAUUACACGUGUGACACCGGAGACCAGCAAACCACGGCCACCAUCAAAGUGAACGUCCUCCAGUUCGUUAAGAAUUUGCAGAACACAGAGGCGGAGGAGGGGAGCAGUGCUCACUUCCGCUGUGAGGUCUCUGACAAAAUGUCAUCUGUUGACUGGUGGAAAGGAGGCGAGAAGCUACAGCCCAACCACAAGUACGAGAUGCGGCAAGAUGGCACCGUGCAAGAAUUAAUAAUCCACAACCUGGUGAUAGAGGAUGCUGGUGAAUACACAUGUACUGCCCGGAGCAAGCGGACCUCUGCGAGCCUCACUGUCAGAGAGCUGGAUGUCACCAUUGUCCAAGGUCUGAAGGACCUGUCCGUAUUCGCUGGGGAGGAUGCCGUGUUCAGAUGUGACAUAUCCCAUGAAAACGCCCGUGACGUGGAGUGGAAGCUGCAGGGGAUCACUCUGGAGAACAAUGAGAUGAACAAGAUCUCAGUAGAGAAAGGCAGAUCCCAUGUUCUGAAGCUCAGCGGUGUGACCCUAGAUGACUCUGGGAGCGUGUCCUUCAGGGUGGGGCCGUACGUGUCCACAGCCGAGCUCACCGUCAAGGCUCCACUCCCGUUGUUUACACGAGAACUGUCGGACAUGGAGGUGGAGGAGGACUCCUCGGUAGUCCUCCAGUGUGAGCUCUCUCAGCCCAGUGUUCCUCUGGUUUGGAGGAGAGAAGCCGAGCAGAUCUCUCCCAGUGCAAAGUACAAUCUCCUGGACCACGGCAAAGUUCAGAUCCUGCAGAUCCACAACGCCAAGCCUGAAGAUUCUGGAACGUACUCCUGUGACAUCGGGAACCAGAAAUCCAAGGCCAAAGUCACCAUUAUAGCCGUCCCAGUGGUGUUUGAGCAGAAGCCGGAGGACCAGGUUAGUGAGGAGGGAUCCACCGUAAUUAUACGGGCGCAGAUCUCAAAGCCCAACGCUUGUGUAAAGUGGAUGAAGGGAACCGCGCAGAUUACGGCCCGCGAGAACAUCAACAUCAAACAGAAAGGGAAAAGUGUGGAGCUGAUAAUCCAGCCGGCCCGUCCAGAGGACUCUGCAGACUACACGUGUGACACAGGGGAUCAGACGGCCACAUCUACCCUGCUGGUGACGGCGCUACCUGUACUGAUCACCUGCCACCUGCAGAACCAGCAAGGAGAAGAGAACGGAUCAGUCACCCUGAGGGCCCAGGUAUCCAAGCCUGAUGCCCCCGUACAGUGGAAGAAAGCCGGAGCGGCCUUAAAACCAGGGGCCAAGUAUGAGAUGAAGCAGUCGGGCUGCGUAGUAGAGCUCUGCAUACACAAGCUGCAGCCGCCCGACGCCGGAGAGUACAGCUGUGACACCGGGCACCAGACCUCCACCGCUACCAUCACUGUGAACGAGCCAGAACCUUUCAUUGUGGACCAGCUGCAGAACGUGUCUGUGGAGGAAGGAGAGGACGCCAUCUUUAAAUGUAAGGUGUCCAAGGACAAUGCUCCUGACGUGCAGUGGUACCUGGCGGGAGUCCCACUACAGUCCAAUGAGAUGAAUGAGAUCGCGGUCCACAAGGGCAAGAUUCACACCCUGACCCUGAAGAAGGUGACGCUGGAAGACUCGGGCCUGGUCAGCUUCAGGGUCGGACAGAACACAACUGCAGCCGAACUGCAGGUCAAAGCUUUAGCUUUAAAAUUCACCAAACCCCUAAAAUCAGCCGAUGUGGAUGAGAAAGGAGAAGCCGUCCUGCUCUGCGAGCUCAACAAACCGGAUGUCACCACAGAAUGGAGAAAGGGAGCGACCACCAUCAGAUCCGGGGGGAAGUAUGAGAUCAGCGUCAACAGGAACGUCCACAACCUAUGUAUCAAAGACGUCACAAUAGAGGAUUCUGGAGAAUACAGCUGUAUUGUAGGAAACGAGAGAACAUCGGCAAAACUACAUGUAAAAGCGCUGCCUGUGGUUUUCACACAAGAGCUGCAGAACAGUGAGCCUCAGGAGGGUCAGUCGGCUGUGUUGCGGUGCACAGUUUCCCGGGAUGGGGCCCCUGUAGAGUGGAGGAAGGGGGCCCUGGUCCUACAGCCUGGUGAUAAGUAUGAGAUGACACAGAACGCUUGUGUAGCUGAACUAGUGAUACACAAUGUGGACCUGGAGGACUGCGGCCUAUACACUUGCAGCACCGGAUCCGCACAGACCACCGCCUCCGUAUUUGUUCAAGAGAGUAACGUAGAUAUAGUGUCCGGUUUAAAGAACAUGGACGUCUUUGCGGGGGAGACGGCCACUUUCUCCUGCGAGCUGUCCAGUCCAGGUUUACGGAAUGUGCAGUGGUGGCUUGACGGUUCUCCCCUGCAGAACAGCCCAGUGAACCAGAUCUCAGUGCACAGCGGCAGAGUCCACAACUUAACCCUUAAAAACCUGGGGACCAAUGACUCUGGGAUAGUCACUUUCAAAGCCGGCUCCCUCAUAUCUACCGCUAAACUCUUAAUAAAAGAUCCAACCAUUGAGGUGGUCAGUCCAAUGAACGACCUCAUCAUUGAUGAAGAUGACACAGCAGAGUUCAUCUGCCAGUACUCUAGGCCAGUGCAGGCUGCGUGGAAGAAAAACGAUGUAGACGUAUUUGCCGACGGGAAGAGGGUCAUUGUCGAGCAAGACUGGAAUGUGGCCAAGUUGACCAUUAAGUCUGUGGUUCCUGAGGACAGUGGAGUCUAUGUGUGUGAAGCGGGAGGCACUAGGGUUGUCGCCAUGCUUGAUGUUGAAGAGAAGAAUAAGAUAUUACAGGGUCUGGAGAAUGUGGAGGCAGUGGAGGGUGGAGAGGCGCUAUUCGAGUGCUACCUCUCUAAGCCCGAGUGCUACAACUACAACUGGCUGGUGGAUGAUGAGCCGGCCAAGACCUCGGACACGGUGGAGAUGGUUUACUUUGAAAAUGGCCGCCGACACCUGCUGCUGCUGAAGAACCUGACGGCAGGGGACAGCUGCCGGGUGACCUUCAUGGCCGGGGAUGCCGUUUCUUCUGCUUUUCUAAAUGUGCGAGGCUGGCGUCUAGAUGUUGUGAACCCGCCCGUUGACACGGAGGUGGUUGCAGGGGACAAGGCAAUGUUUACCUGUGUGCUCAGCGAGGCAGUGCCGGUUAAUGAGGUUUCCUGGUAUUUUAAUGGAGUGCCCAUCGAGCCCGAUGAGAACUGGCACAUGUACGUGGAUGGGAACCAGUACAAGCUGCUUCUAAGAGAUGCACAGACACAUCACACCGGGGAGGUGGCCUUUGCUUCCAGAGAUGUUGUCGUUUCUGCCAAUCUGGUCAUUCUUGAACAUCAGGUGACGGUUCAGCAGCCGCUACAACAUAAAUCUGCGGUCCCGGGGGAGACGCUGCGCCUGGAAUGUGAACUGUCCAAGGAAAGUCCUGAUGUCACCUGGAUGAAGAACGAUGAACCGCUGCAUCCAGGAACCAAAUACCAGACCAUGUCUGAGGGGAAGAGACAGAUCCUGCUCAUCCAUGACAUCUCCGCUGAGGACCAAGCCACCUACUCAUGUGUCACCUCGUCGGGUGCUCAGACAUCGGCCACUGUAUCUUUGGGAGUACAAACAAUCACAGAGCUGGUGACGAUACAGGACAUCCUCGGUUUGGCUCAUGAAAAGAUGGAUCAUGAGUCAGAAGACAGUGCACAGCCCAACCUACCCCCAGAAGCCGCUCAAGAAGGAGAUCUCCAUCUCUUAUGGGAAGCAAUGACCAAAAAGAGGAGAAUGAGCAAAGAGCCCACCUUAGAUUCCAUCUCCGAAGUCCCAGAAGAAGAUUUAAAACUCAAACGUAAAAAAGAGGCCGAGCGUCAGGCAGAUUUCUCAGGAUACACUUCUGAAGACGUGGCAAAGACCAGCGAGGCUGAUUUCUCUCUAACAAGUUCUGAUGACGAGUCCCGGGCAGGGACACCAUCUCUGGUCUCCUACCUUAAAAAGGCGGGUCACUCCACCAUCACCUGUGGAAGUAAGGUCCAGACGGUCUCUGCAAGCAAGUUCUUCAGGCACUUUGAAAUCUCAAACAUCACCGAGGUGAAGGAGGUGAAGAAAACGGCACCUGUGGAAGAACCCAACUUGGCGGAAAUAUUUGAUGAUGAUGACCCGGCUUUGGACAAGGCAGCCGUCAAGAUUCAGGCGGCAUUUAAAGGUUAUAAGGCAAGAAAGGUGAUAAAGCAACAGGAGUGUCCCGUGUUUACUGAGACCUUCAAAGACCUCUCCGUGGAGUCCGGAGGAACAGUCCACCUGGAGUGUGUGGCAGACAGUAAGAGCGACGUGACAGCUCGAUGGAUGAAGGACGGUAAGGAGCUGUCUGAUGGUCGUCAUUACCACAUCGACAAUUACCCCGAUGGCACCUGCUCCCUCAUAAUCACGGCAGUGGAGCUCCAGGACACCGGCAAAUACACAUGCGAGGCCUCCAACAAAUUUGGUGUGGUGUCCCACAGUGCCAAUCUGGUGGUAGAGGGUAGAGAACCAGAGACUCCACAAAAACCCAUCCACAUUCCAUCAAGAACCUCCAUAGACAGCGAAACAGAAAGUUCUGGAAGUGACUUGGAUGAUGCCUUCCGGAAGGCUGGCAGGAGGCUCCAUAAAAUCUUCAAGUCUGCCAAGUCCUCCCUGGAGAUGUCUGAAGAAGAGCUUUUUGUCAGUGCUGAUGAGGGGGACCCACCCAUAGUGGACCACCAGACCUACCGGGAGGACGACAGGUACAUUUACAUUAAGUUUGAAGUCACGUCAGAAGCCGCAGUCGCCGCCCAUAGGUUCCGAGAAAUGUUCUCAGCGAUGGGGAUCCCUGUAAAGAUCGAUAUCCUGGAGCAGGGGCCAAAGAAGAUCGAGUUACGGAUAAUGAAAGUAGAAACGGGGCCCACGGAGCAACAAAAGCUGGAGGCCAAGAAACAGAUGACCUUACUGACAUCAGACACAGCGCCCAUCUUUAUCACGGAGCUCCAGAACCAGGAGGUGUUGGACGGAUAUCCCGUUAGCUUUGAUUGUGUUGUGAUUGGAAAACCGAUGGCGACCGUGCGCUGGUCCAAGGACGGUAAAGUGAUCGAGGAAGACGACCAUUAUAUGAUCAAUGAGGACCAAGAUGGCUGCCACCAGCUCAUCAUCACCGCUGUGGUGCCCACAGACAUGGGGGUCUACAGGUGCCUGGCCGAGAACAGAAUGGGCGUGGCCUCUACCAAGGCGGAGCUCCGGGUGGACUUGACCAGUACAGACUACGACACAGCAGAGGCCACCGAGACCUCGUCCUACUUCAGUGCCCAGGGAUACGCGUCCAGGGAACAGGAGAGUCUGGAGUCGUCCUCGGAGCAGGAGCAGCUGCCACAGAUCCUGGAGGAGCUCAGAGAUGUCCUCGUGGCCCCCGGGACCCCAAUCGCCAGAUUCCAAAUCAGAAUGAAAGGGUUACCUCGCCCGCGGCUCUAUUGGUUUAAGGACGGGCAGCCGCUCCUCGCCUCCGAGCGGAUCCUGCUGACCAAGAAGAAGAAGCUGCACGUCCUGGAGAUCCUCAAUGUGAGGCGCGAGGACGCCGGGGAAUACUCCGCCUACAUGAGUAACUGCGCCGGAUCUGCAUAUUCUUCCGCCAGGUUAUCGGUGAAAGGUCCAGGAGAGCUGCAGAAAGAGAAGUCUGCGGAGGAGGUCGGAGACCUGGAGAAGCCGGUCCCUCCGAUGUUCCUGGAGAGAUUCACAAACAAGAAGGUGCUGAAGGGCUCGAGCAUCACCUUAUCUGUGAAGGUGGAAGGGAUCCCGUCUCCCACAGUCACUUGGUUGAAGGAGGAAUCUCCAGAAGACGUUCUAUGGAUCAGACCCGAGACGAGGGGCUAUAAGUUGGCGCGCUCCAACAUGCACCACAGCCUGAUCCUGCUGGACGUGGGCACAGAGUUCACCGGGGCGUAUACCUGCAUCGCCACCAACAAAGUGGGCCAGUCAAUAUGCAGCGCAUCGGUGGAGGUGUUAGAAGAAAAGGAUGCACAGAUCCUGGCAGAAGCUGAUAAGAUCGUGAAGGACGCACUGAGGUCAUCUGUACCAGGAUUUGAAGGAGACGCAGAGAAGGGGAAACUUGGGAUUUCAGUGCAGCCGCCAGAUGUAGACGGUGAAUCAAGAACAGUGCAGAAGACGCAGAUUUCAUUGACGGAUGUGGGGACAGAGGAGUUUUUCCAGAAACUAACAUCACAAAUCACAGAAAUGGUGUCCGCGAAAAUCAGUCAAGCUACUCUCCGAGUCCCCGGGAUGCCCGGCAUGGAUAGUGACGAUGAGUCCAAGACCCCCUCAGCCUCCCCCCGUCAUGGCAGGUCCCGGCCGUCCUCCAUCGCUGUGGAGUCUUCAUCAGAGUCUGAGGAUGGAGACCCCAGAGGAGAGGACAGACUCCAGACACCCAAGGAUUUGUACCCAAUUAGUGUAGAACAUCUGGUCCGGGGUUUUGGCAGUGAGGUCCUUAGUGGGCACAACGAUAACCCACUUGGAAUAGUGGUCCACCAUGACCCCCCUCACUUUAUCGAGGUGCUGGCAGAUUGUACCGCAGAGCUGGGAGAAACCAUCAAACUGGCGUGUCGUGUCACCGGGACGCCAAAACCCACCGUCACCUGGUACAAAGACGGUCGCGGGGUGGAGGUGGAUCCACAUCACAUCAUUAUUGAGGAUCCAGAUGGUUCCUGCACCCUCAUCCUGGACAAUAUGACUGGCGCCGACUCCGGGCAGUACAUGUGCUUCGCCUGCAGCCCAGCGGGCACUGCCAGUACACUUGGCAAGAUCCUGGUGCAAGUCCCUCCGAGAUUUGUGAACAAGAUGCGAGAUGUUUACUUUGUGGAUGGAGAAGAUGCGCAGUUCUCAUGUGUAAUUGAAGGGGCCCCGUACCCACAAAUAAGGUGGUACAAGGACGGACAUCUUCUGCCGGAUUCCACCAAGCACCAGACGUUUGCUGAGCCGAGGAGCGGGGUCCUGGUCCUGGUGAUAAAGAACGCGACUAAGGACGAUGUGGGACACUAUGAGUGUGAGGUGAGUGUCGUCCAAGAGGAGACUAUAACAACCGUGGUGAAGAGUCCAAGGAUGAGAAGAAGAAUGUCCCCAUCUCCAUCACGUCCAGGUUCAGGACAUUCUCCAGCAAGAACCUCGAGGUCUGAGAUGUCCACAGCAGAACCCUACUUUAUAUCACGAGGCAAACCAUCUGCCUAUAGGUCUGAACAAGAAACACGAAGGACUGUGGUUCCCACACUCUUUGUCACGGAGCCAGAAGAUGAGCGAGGAGCUUCUGCCCGGCCGGAUGAACAAAAGUCUCGCUGGGUUGAGGUGGAAGAAAUUAUUGAAUUCAAAGUGAAGAAAUCACCAAAACCACAAAGGAAAAGUGUAAUGUCUCCAGCCAAGCCAGAAAAAGAUGAUCGACCCGGAAGGAAGUUCCCCCAGUACGGCUCAAGAUCAAGAGCAUUCCCCAGUAAUGACCCCAACACAAACAACUCCAACAAUAAACUGGUGGAGGAGUCAAAGUCCACACUGACAUCUUGUAGCUUAUCGGAAGUGGACAUCCCAUCAAUGGAAUAUGAUUUCCUAGGACAAGAGUCAGAGGCUGAGGAUGUUCUCCAUCUAGAGCAAAUGGAUGAUGUAGAGGAAGAGUGUGGGAUCAUCACUAAACCUGAGUCCCCAGAGGCUGACCUCGAGGAUGAAAGGUCCUCUCCACCAGUAGAGUCACAUACCAGGGACAAUAAAGCACAACUUCCAGAUGAGGUAGAAUUACCAGAACCUGACCAAAUGGCAUCUCUAGAAGUAGAAGAUUAUAUCGUGGAAGAACCAGUAGAUGAAGAUACUGAAGACUUAGGAAACAGAGAUCAGAAAGUCCUUACUCGCGAUGGGAAAGUCCUUACUUUAGAGGAUCUUGAAGAUUAUGUUCCAGGUCAAGGAGAGACUUAUGGAUGUGAUGAAAAUGUUGCAAACAUCUCAGGGGAUGCUCCAUGUGAGAUCUCUGUUCUACAGGCAGAAAUAAAUGAGCCGACCAUCGGCAAACCUGUGCUGCUGAAUGUGGGGAGGCCGUUGGUACCUAAACAUAGACAGAGUUUCUUCAGCCACUUAAAAGAAGGUAUCGGAAGCAUGUUCACCGUGGGCUCAAGAAUGAGUAGGAUGAAUGCAAUGGGAUUCUCAGAUGUGUCUUUCCAUAUGAAGGAAACCACCAUGGCAGCAGCUACUGUCGGCACUUCAUUGACCAGUCAGUCAUCAUUUAACAUCAAACCCUCUUACUGCACUGAGGUCCAACGUCCAGUAGACAACGGUCAACCCAGCUUCAAGACGGAGGUUUCUACAAGAACCUUAAGUUACGGAACUGUGGGUGAAACGGGGAGCAGGAGGGGGGGGGGGGGGGGGGGGAGCCUGAGUACCUGGUACCUGCAUCUCCCUAUAACCCGCUGUAUUUCCACAGGGGGCGGAGCUUUGUUGGAUGACUCUAUCCGGGCUUCUCUACAACGCGCAGACCAGGAGAUCAGACAAGUGCUUAAGAAACUGGACACCUCUGCCCCGGGGGUCACCGCACCUCAAGAAGUUGCCCCCAAAAAUGAGGAAACCAUCAGGAGUGCAGAGGAGGAAGGGGAGGACAGUGCGGAUGUAUUCAGGGAUGCCGACACACAGACACCCGAAGACAACACCUGUGACGAUGCCCGGUGGGUGCUGCUUGUCAGCGAGGCCACAGAAGUUCAUCCUGAGGUCAGUUCUUCAGAGACCCAGACAGAAGCGGCCGCCCCAGAGACAAUAAUCCCUAUCAGGCUUCAGAUGGAUGCUGCGGAGCGGAGAUGCUGGACACAGGGGGCUCAGCACUGGGAUGUCCACAGCCAUGUCUACAUCCAGACCACACACAAGAGCUGCCUGCACGUCAGCCCGGAGCCGGGAGCCAAUCCCCCAUAUAUGCAGGAGACCAUAGAAGACGUUCACAGCUAUCGGGGAGAAACAGCACAAUUUGAUGCUCUAAUAGAUGGAAGCCCCCCGCUGACCAUAGUCUGGUAUAAGGACCAGAAGCUGCUGAAGGAAAGUGACCGAAUCCAGAUGCUGCGAGAGGAGAGGAGAUACUCGCUGAUCAUCCGUCACACAGAGGCGGCAGACGGCGGGGUGUACACCUGUGUGGCCCGAAACUUUGCCGGAGAAGUGUCCUGCAAGGCCGAACUGGUGAUGGUGGUUGAAGAGAAGGAGCAGGAGAUGAAGCCGCAGCACAGGAGGAGGAAGCUGAAGUCGUUCUUCGAGGUUAAAGAAGAGAUUGGGAGGGGAUCCUUUGGUUUUGUGAAACGUGUUGUGCACAAAGGAAAUGGAGCCACAUGUGCAGCCAAAUUCAUCCCGCUGAGAAGCAAGACCCGUCAGCAGGCAUACCGUGAGCGGGAUAUCUUGUCGGUGGUGUCACAUGACCGGGUGACUCUGCUGCUUGACGCCUUUGAAACCAAAAAGACAUUAAUUCUUAUCAUGGAAAUAUGUUGCGGAGAAGAACUGCUGGAUCGGCUCUUCCGUAAACGCACGAUCACUGAGAAGGAGGUGAAGAUCUACAUCCGGCAGCUGCUCGAGGCCAUUGCUUAUCUCCACGACAAGAACAUUCUGCACCUGGACAUCAAGCCGUCAAACAUCCUGAUGGUUCACACCGACCAGGAUGACAUCAAACUCUGUGACUUCGGAUCAGCGCAGAAGAUCAUUUCCUCUGAUUUCCAGUACAGCAAAUACGGGUCCCCAGAGUUUGUGGCCCCAGAAAUCGCCUCCCAGGCUCCAGUGUGUACGGCUUCCGAUAUCUGGCCCGUUGGGGUGAUCUGCUACUUAUGUCUGGUCAGUGCUUCGCCAUUUGCCGGUCAGAAUGACAGAGAGACGUUACUGAACGUACAACAAGGGAAGAUCAGCUGGAGCGCCCCGGGCUUCACCCAGCUGAGCGCCGACGCCAAACACUUCAUGAUGGCGACCGUGCACAUGUCUCCUGACGCCCGGCCCAGCGCCAGCGAUUGUAUCCGCCACCAGUGGUUUACGAUGAGUUCUGGCCAGGACGACACUCGGCCCAUCAGCUCCAAGAACCUCAGAUUCCUUGUGGCUCGCAGCCGGUGGCAGCGCUCGUUGAUGUCUUAUAAAUCCAUCCUGGUGAUGAGGCCGAUUCCGGAGCUUCUGAAUGGCAAGCUGGAGAGCACGUCCCUGGGCAUCCCCCGACACUUGGUGGAGUGCAGCAGCUCGUCCACCAGCAGCGGCUCGUCUUCCGAUAAUGAGAGUGAUAUCAGCCCCACGGCCAGGGACUGUAACCCUUCUCUUGAGCUGCACUUAUCGAUUUUCAAAAUGUCUGAAAAGGAAAUACUGCAAAAGUCAAACGCAUCGGAAUCCGGAGAAGGACAAGAAAAUAAAGACAUCUCUGAAGACAAGAAGAUGGAAAGUCCAGACUCCUCCCCAAAGGCGAAACACAAAUGUGAACAUGACAUUGUGCUUGGGAUGACUGAAAGCCCAAAGGAGCAGGAGGAAGAAGACAAAAUGUUGGUUCAUUCUGUGGAGACAUCUCCAGGAAGGCAACACAUCUGUAGGUCAGCCACCAUUGAAGUUGGAGGCCUCGCUUCUAAGAAACCAAAGACUGGAUCUUUUAUUAGGGGGACUUCUGCAGACAGUGCCCUGCUACUACAAAGAGCGGCCGAGAAACCAUCAUCGGUCUGUGUACCCAGACAAAGUAUCAUUAAAAGCACCUUCUACAACCAGGACUCUGAAGGGUCCGGCAUUGUACCGCUAGAUGACCUGCUGAAAGACAAAGACUUCAUCAGGCAUCGGGAGCGAGCACGCAGGAGUUUGAUGAAAGCUGGAUAUUCACCAAAAAUUUUGAGCGGUUUGCGAGAACCUCUUCUUGAACAGUUUGCCAUGGAACAAAGAAUGUUGUCUGACCAAGAUGGUCAGCUCGGCUCCCUCAAGAAAUCAGCUUCAUUUGACACAGCCAAGGGAUCCUUUAAGUCUUCGUUCAAAGUCUCCAGCCGAAGUCGAUCCCUGGAUGACUACAAAUCAAGGUCCUUGAGUGUCUAUAAGGGAACUCUGGUGGAAGAAGUAGAUCAAGAUCCUUUGAGAGUUGAACAAAUAUCCUUGAAGAAGAUGGACACCGACUAUAAGCUUCUUCCUGAGGACUCUGCACCUCCUGAGGGUCAUAAGUUUUCAGCACCAGUAAAGAUUUUGUCAACACAAAGGCCUCUGUCUGCACCCUCUACAGGCAGGGAAAACACCAUUAUUGCAGUCUUCCAUCAGCAUCCAAUACUGGAAUCCACCAGAAUUAGAGAAAGGCCAUCCUCUGUACCACCACAGGUAGAAGAAAGUACCAUAAUAACCUUUGUGAGACCAAGACAAACUACAGAAUCCACAGAGAUUAAGAAAAUGGACAUAGUGAAGGUUCCUCCUCUGUCUCCUCAAUCAGGCAUAAAGGAGGAUGCUCAACCCUUAGACAUUCAAGGCGGAGUGAUGUUCACAGUCCAUAGCAGAUCUGAGGGAAACGACUUCUUAGUCUCUGAUGCUUCAACAAAAAAAGAUAAAUCCUCUGAACACUUAACUGUGGACAAGAUAAGGACUGACGGGUCAGAGGAUUCUCCAGCCGAUACUUUGUUUCAGCUUGUAGAGUUAAGCAACGAUAAUAACACAGUGAUGGCGGUGAUACAGGGAACCUCAGAGGAACCCAUCACAGAUCUGGGAGAAUAUGAUAGAAGUCCAGAGAAGAUGGCCGAUCCUGUCCCUGAGCCACUGCAGGAAGAAACAGCCAGAGAAUCCUCCGACAGUACAACCCUGCGAGGUAAGACUAUGGCUGAGUCCACAGCUUGCCAGCCUGAUGAUGGAGACAAGAUACAACCAUCCAUCAGCCAGAUGCCAGACCUCCAGAAAGAUCACGGGGAAGAAAUGUCUCCACCUGAAACUCUACAAACUACUCAUAAAGUGCCACCCCCACCAGAUAAUAGUGAGGUGUCUCCUAAGGCUGAUGUUGCUGGCAAAGAUUUGCAAUGUCCUGUAUAUAGUGAUGGACACAGCCUGACAUUGGAGGACUUAGUGGGAGAGAUGUCCUCAUUGUCAGAUGAGAUGGAUGUGUUGGCAGGUGAAGAGAAGCCGGUCAGCCAAGAAACUCCUCCUUUCCCACCAAUCAUUACCCCAGAAUUACAAGAUGUGGGUCAUUACACGUCAGAGUUCCCCGCAAUGGUAACAGACCCGAGUCCCAUGGAGCAAAUCCUGAAGGAGUCACAGGUAACGUCAGCGUCACAGUGUAGCUUCUACGAGAGUCUGUCUCGGGCCGAGGUCUCCACCGUUGAGAGCCACAGCUCCAGUAAGACAUUUAUUUCCCAUUCAGACAGUUCUGGCACAGGGCGACGAUCUGACAACUUCUCGGACUUCGAUGAAGCAGGGAGACAUUCGGAAGUGUCACUGGUAGAGAUUGGUGGAAUUCAUCACCAGAAGGCGUCUAUGAGUCCAGCGCUUCCCCAGUUUGAUGUUGGUGCCGCCCGUUCCCAGCUCUAUGACUUUUAUGAUAUAUUCGCGUCUCCCCAGACGUCUUUGACUGCUGAGGAACCAAAGUUUAAUUUGUUAUCUACAACGUCUCAGCCUCCGACCUGCUGUGGUGAAACUGCGAUGGAAACCUCAUCUGUGGAGAAGGACAUGAGUUCCGGACCACCACAGCACUCACUGCAGGCCUCAGAGCUUCACCAAAUUACAACAAAAGACAAAAAAUUCUCAAGAAAGCGAAUCAAACUCUUCAGACCUAAUGGGAAAUCUGAGAAAACUGUGAAAACUGUAGAAGCAAGUCUGAAGCAAAAAGUAAAAGCCUCCGUGGCCAACAUUUCCCGGAUCAUCAAAAGAAAGCCGGGGAACGGGAAAGAAGGUCCCUCAGACAUGAUGAAGGUCCCAGUUGUUGAACAAGCAGCAGCCGGCAAAGUCUCUGGAUCAGUAAAGAGAAGAGUUCUCCCGACCUUCAGACUGCCAAACCUCAGCGGCAAGGACAAAGCCCCAGCAUUUGUGGAGGAGCUGACAGAUCAGACGGUGGUGGUGGGUCACAUGGUGACGUUAUCCUGCAGGACGGCGCAACCGGUGACAGACGUGGAGUGGUAUAAAGACGGCGUUCUCCUCCGAAGCAGCGAGCGGCUUCUCAUCUCCUCCACCCUGAAGAACUAUCAUCUGCUGACUAUCCUGGUGGUGACCGCGCAGGACCUGGGCAUCUACGCCUGUGUGGCCACCAACGUGCUGGGCAGCGCCUCCACCUGCUGCAUCAUUAAGAAGGCCGAGAUCCCGUGUUGCCCCAGCAGCCCAGAGGUGGCGCAAGUGUACAAGGAUGGAGCGCUGAUCGUAUGGAAACCAGUGGAGUCCAGCUCUCCGGUCACCUACUUCCUCCAGUACAAAAGGGAGGGUGAGGAGUGGCGGGCGCUGACUCUGGACGUGUCGGAUUGCUGUUACUCCACCCACAGUCUGUGUGAGGGCCACGUCUACUCCUUCCGCGUCGCCUGUAUCAGUAAGGCCGGGAUGGGGCCCUAUAGUGAGGCGUCUGCUGCUGUGAGGAUCGGGAGGCAGAGCCCAGCAAACAUCCCGUUACCCGGAGCCGCGGAGCCGCAGGAUUCAUCGGGAUUCAUCGCUGAUUUACAGAUUGAGGGGAGGAGGGGUCGGUUCAGCUCGGUGAGAUUGUGCACAGAGAAGUCCACGGGACGAUCAUUCGUGGCCAAGGUCAUCCCGUACACGGAGGAGACCAAGGAGGCCGCGCUCCAGGAGUAUCAGAUGCUGAAGACGCUUCAUCACACCAAUGUGGUGCAGCUACACGCCGCGUAUCUGAGCCCGCAAGACCUGGUGCUCAUCCUGGAGCGGUGCGAGGGCCGCCAGCUGCUGAACUGCCUGUCCGCGGGGCCCUCGUAUUCGGAGCUGGAGGUGCGGGAUUACCUCUGGCAGGUCCUCAGUGCGGUGGAAUUCCUACACGACAAACAGAUCCUGCACCUGGACCUGAGGUCGGAGAACAUCAUCAUCACGGAGCACAAGCUGCUGAAGAUCCUGGACUUCGGGAAUGCACAGUACUACUUCCCCGAUAAAGUCAUCGCCCCCCAGAGAUACACAGACUUCCCCGAGACCAUGGCUCCGGAGUUAUUGGAAGGUCAGGGGGCGGCUCCACCCACCGAUAUCUGGGCGGUCGGGAUCACCGCGUUUAUCAUGUUGAGUGCGGAUCUCCCCUUUAGCCAUGAGGCGGAGCUGGACAUAAAGAAGGGUGUGGUCAGAUUUAGUCGCUGUUACGCCGGACUGUCUGGAGGAGCUGUGCGUUUUCUGCAGAGCACGUUAUGGGCCAAUCCCUGGGGGCGCCCCUCUGCCUCGGACUGUCUGAAGAUGCCGUGGCUGCAGGAGGCCGGACUGGCCACGUCGGAGGAGCCUCCGGUUCUUUUUGACUGCGCAAAACUAAGAAGCUUUCUUCAUGAGCGGAGGAAACGGGAGGCGGCGGUGACGCAGAAAAGCCAAUGACCCUCCCCCAAAGUCUCCUAGGAGGAUCGAAGAGCACAAUAGAUUGUGUAUACAGCGCCCCCACAAGGCCAUAUCUGGGGACAGAAGGUCCUGCCAUUACCUGGACCCCUUCUCUCCAUUAACCCCUUACUAGUUUGAUAACAUUGCAGUGCCUGUUAGUAGGGGGGCUCUGCAGGGGCGGGACCAGUCUCAGCUCCGCCCCAGUCUCUUCCAUGGUGGCCAUCAGGACCCCGGCCCGGAGUGCUGGGACCGCCCACUCUUCAGCCUCCAUAUCCUCUUUGUAUCACGUAGACGUUAGGAUGUAACAUUUACCGUGUUGGGUUUCUAUGUAAACAUUUACUAACAAGCUGAAAACAUGGCGCACAUCCUGACCGCUCCGUGGAUCUUAUUAUAACUGUGGGGGGCUGAAAGGGUCAAUUCAGGCUCCGCCCACCACAGACUUAAGGACUGCGCUGUUCUCAGCAGCUGCGUCAGGGUUAAUCUGCGUCUUUAUUCGGAGUUAAGGGAACAGAUUUUUACCUCUGGUCAUGUGGAGUCACGUUUAUAAUCUCUUUACUGUUGUCAGAUUUGUCUGUUUGAUCUUUUUUCAAUAAAGUUUUGAG